AUGUCUUACUAUCCGCCUUAUGGCGGUGCCCCUGGAUACCCUCCACCCCAGCAAUAUCCCCCGCAGCAAGGCUAUCCUCCGAUGAAUAACCAACACCACCACCAACAACAACAGUCUUACGGCGGAUACCCUGGCCAGUCUUACCACCAACAGGCCCCACCAUCUCAGAACCCAUACGGAUACAGUCACUCACCCCAGCCGCCUCAGCACCAGUACGGUUCGCCUGCCCCGCAAACUGGAUACAAUGGAGCUCCUGGAUAUCAACAUCAACCGCAGGCCCCCACUGGUCAAGCUGUGUACCAGGGUCAGCCCCGCCCAGUCGGAAACUCAUACGGUCAUUCCGGCGGAGCUCCUGCCGCUCCACCCACUGGCGCGGUCUCGUUCGGAAAUGGCGCUCCACAAGGUUACAGCUUCCAGUACUCGCGCUGCACUGGUAAGAGGAAGGCAUUACUGAUCGGAAUCAAUUAUUUCGGUCAAAAAGGUCAGUUGCGGGGAUGUAUCAACGAUGUGAAGAACAUGUCAGCCUACCUGAACCAGAACUUCGGAUAUGCCCGCGAAGACAUGGUCAUCUUGACCGAUGACCAGCAGAACCCGAUGAGCCAGCCUACAAAGGCUAACAUUCUUCGUGCGAUGCACUGGCUGGUGAAGGAUGCGCAGCCGAACGAUUCGCUCUUCUUCCAUUACUCUGGCCACGGCGGUCAAACACCCGAUCUUGAUGGUGACGAGGAAGACGGGAAUGAUGAGGUGGUCUAUCCUGUCGAUUUCCGAGUUGCUGGACACAUCGUCGAUGAUGAGAUGCACCGGAUCAUGGUGCAGUCGCUGCAACCUGGUGUGCGUCUCACAGCUAUCUUCGAUUCCUGUCACUCCGGAUCCGCGCUGGACCUCCCAUACAUCUACUCCACUUCCGGUAUUCUCAAGGAGCCCAACCUGGCCAAGGAGGCUGGUCAGGGCUUGCUGGGUGUUGUGUCUGCAUAUGCACGUGGUGAUAUGGGCAGCAUGAUGUCCACAGCUAUGGGCUUCAUCAAGAAGGCCACUAAGGGUGACGAGGUGUAUGAGCGCAAUAAGCAAACCAAGACUAGCCCUGCGGAUGUUAUCAUGUGGUCUGGCAGCAAGGAUGACCAGACCAGUCAAGAUGCUCAAAUCGCCGGACAGGCUACCGGUGCCAUGUCAUGGGCUUUCAUUGCUGCGCUCCGGAAGAAUCCUCAGCAAAGCUAUGUGCAGCUCCUAAACAGCAUUCGUGAUGAGUUGGCUGAUAAGUAUACCCAAAAGCCACAGUUGAGUUGCAGUCACCCCUUAGACACGAAUCUUCUCUAUGUGAUGUAG